CAUUUCAGUUUUAUUUCUGGUCGCGCCGAGUUUGGUUGCGUUUAUUAUUUUUUUCAUCAAAUUUGGAUAAAGAAGCAAUUUGUUUUAACAUAAAAUUUGCAAAAGUAGUAUUUUUAAAACCCCUUACGGCUGCAUAUUUUAUGCAUUUUUAGUGCUGUGAAAACUUAACAAUAUAUAGAAAACAAUUAUAAUUCCAAAUAUAACAAACAAAUGCAAGAAAAUUAUUACAAAAUUAAAAGCAAAAAAAGUACAAUUCUUCAACGAAUGACUUGCGCUUGUUCAUCGUCUUGAAAGUAGAAAGAAGAAAAAUUACGAACGAAUUUUAGUGUGAGACAGAAAGAAAUAGAUAAUAUUUAAUUUUGCCUAUGGCAAAGAUUAUAAGUGCAAAAGGGUAGGCUGUAUAAUGCAAAACCUUUAAGAAAACAUUUGCCUGCCUAAACAGAGAGAGAGCGAGAGAAACAACUACUGCUGUUUGAAAACGUAAAAACACUCUAUCUCUCUUGAAUCAUAAUUGAAGAAGUUGCGUGUGUUGCAAAACAAAAUUAUCAAAUAAAAAGAAGUAAUUUUAAUUAUUAUUAGAUUUCCUAGUGGAAUCUGAAUUGAUUAUUCUUAAACAUUGUGUUUUAAAGAAAAAUAAAAACCAUUUAUUAGAAAUUUAGUUAAAGUUUUAAUUUAAAAAAAUAUGAUGAAAAUGGAGACUGAUAAAAUUAUGGAUGAAACCAAUUCCAACUCACAACCUUUUACUUCAACCAUGCUGUAUGAUCCCGUACGCAAGAAAGAAUCCUCCCCCACAUUUCAAGUUGAACGUGAAACCUGUUUGACAUACUUCUCACAAUGGAACGAAGCUGAUCAAGUGGAUUUUGUUGAACAAUUACUGUCACGCAUGUGCCAUUAUCAACAUGGUCAUAUCGAUGCGUUUCUAAAGCCAAUGUUACAGAGAGAUUUUAUUUCAUUAUUACCGAGUAAGUAA